AUGAUGGACAAGUUGACUCAAUAUGUGCGGGUUUUUAACCACUUUGACGAGAAUGGAGAUGGCAAGAUAUCACCGUCGGAGUUGCGGCAAUGCGUGGAGGUGAUCGGCGGCGAGAUCUCGUGGCUAGAGGCGGAGGCCGUGGUGGAGCUUCUAGACUCGGACAAAGACGGGCUAGUGGGGUUGGAUGAUUUUGUGAGGUUUGUGGAGGAAGGGGAAGAAGAAGAGAAGGUGAAAGACCUAAGAGAGGCCUUUAAGAUGUAUGAAAUGGAGGGGUGUGGUUGCAUCACACCAAAGAGUCUGAAGAGAAUGCUUGGAAGACUGGGGGAGUGCAAGAGCAUAGAUGAGUGUGAAGCUAUGAUUGCUAGAUUUGAUCUUAAUGGUGAUGGGGUGCUCAGUUUUGAUGAAUUUAGGGUUAUGAUGUUGUAG